GUGUGUUCAUAGUAGCGGCCAAGCGAACUCCGUUCGGCACGUAUGGCGGCAAGUUUGUGAAGACAAGCAGCGAACUGCAGCUGGUUGCAGCCAAAGCUGCAUUAGAGGCAGCCAACUGCAAGCCCGAAAUGGUUGACCGGUCGUUUGUCGGAAAUGUGCUCUCGAACACAUCAGUUGACGGCAUCUUCCUGCCUCGUCACGUGUCACUGAGAGCCAACAUCCCCAUUGAGCGACCGGCGCUGGGAGUCAACCGGCUGUGCGGCUCUGGAUUCCAGGCAGUCGUUAAUGGAGCUCAGAACAUAAUCUGCGGAGACUCCGAGGUAGUCCUAACCGGGGGCGUGGACAACAUGAGCCAAGCGCCUCACACAGUACGCGGUCUGCGAUUCGGUGGCCUGCCGCUCAGUGCCAAGUGCGAACUGGAGGACAGCCUGUGGCUGGGACUGACUGACACUUACUGUGGUCUCCCCAUGGCGCUGACUGCUGAGAAACUGGCUGCCCAGUACAAGAUCACACGAGACAGGGUGGAUCAGUUUGCGCUCAGGUCGCAGCAGAACUGGAAGAAAGGUAGGUUGACAGAUAGAUAUACC